CAUGUUAUAUCAGCAGAAUUUGAGGAAUGCCAGUGUUGUUGUAAAAUACUUAUAUUGAGUAAUUGCCAGUAAAUGCACACUGGCAAAUACAUCGAAGGGUCCUUUGACCAAUUAAACUAGGGACUCUGUCCUUGGUCAUAAGACGUCACUGCUUCAGGAUCUGAGUAAAGCCAGCAAUGGAAGGGUAUUCUGGGAGCCCCCAGGUGAUUGUAAAAACAGAGGAACAGUCCAACAGUGUCCUCUUCACGUACUUCCACGGUGACAUCAGUAGCAUGGUGGACGAACACUUCUCUCGAGCCCUUGGCAAGGCCAGCAGGACCAAAGCCCCGAGCGGAAAGAGUAAAAAGAUCCGCAAGGCUGUCAAAUCCGAGUCUGACUCAGCAUCUUGCCAGUGGGGUGUUCUGAGCCCGUCCUGGUCCGAUGGCCGCUUCGACCCGGUCGUCUCUGGUCGUCUCCAACAGAACGGCACCAAGGAGUCACGCUCCACCCAUCCGCUUGCGCUGGACUCCCAAGACCAGAGCACCGGCUGGGCCUUCACCCCCAUGCAGCAUGAGAGUCUGGGUCUGCCGGCCGUGGGCUACCCACACACCAUGUCCCCCGAGGGCCUCGGAGUUGCCGGGCAACAGUACUCCAACUCCCUGCUCAAUCUGCUCCACAGUGAUCGGUCGGAGGCGGUGGUGAGCAUGCCCUCGGGCUCUAAACCAGAGCUUCUCCCCGGCUGGACUGGUCACACAGGCUUUAGAGACCCCAUGAACCCUGACUCAGGAAUAGUUCUGGAGAAAAAGGACCUGUAUUGGUAUUGAAUGAAGCGUGACGACAACCACUAAAGCAAGGCAGCGUCACUAACUUCCCCUUUGUGCCUCUGAGAAGGAUGACUUCCGUGCCACGCAUUGUAACAGCUGAAGAAGCUUCACAGACACUUUCUGACUAACCUGUUUGCAAACCGGAUCAUCGUUUACGAAAAGGAUCAAGAUAACGCCAGCCAGGUGCUAUUAUGUUGCCUUCAGUUCAGUCUGAUGUUAGAUAGUAGAACAAGAUGUAGGAUUGCAUUUUUUUAUUGCUCAUUUCAAAUCAGUGAAUUUGCAAUAAAUGAAUGAAUUAAUGAAUGAAUGAAUGCCAAAAAGAUCAUGAAAAUGUAAGGGGUUUAUCGAGAGGUAUAUGCAAGGAAUAUUUUUAUUUAAGCUUUGAUUUUCAGAGAUUGCUUCUGACAAUAGCAAGCAGAGAGUCUGUAUUGCGCUGUGCCCUCUGAGUAAAAAGGUACUAAUAUAAAGUGACUCUUUGGUUGUCCCGGAGUGACAAACAUUUGGUUCCAGGUGGAAUCUAUUUGGUUUUUAUGUAACAUUCCAAAUUGAAACCAAAAUAGUUUUGCAUAAAAGGUUUCUAUCUGGAACCUAAAAGGGUUCUUCAGGUGGUUUUCCAAGAGGGGCAACCUGAGAACUCACCUAAGAACUCACCUAAGAACUCUUUAGGAGCCUUUUCCUCAGAGGGUGUUUGCAUUCUACUGUAAUAAAUUAGCUUUAGGACUUUGGGUAAAAAUAAAUAAAGCUGUUAUAUCGUAAUGAAGUGUAAAAACAUGUGAAACUGCACCAGAUGAGAUGUCCCUUACCUGCAAACUGCACAGAAUAUAGAUGAAUUUCUCAGGAAAACAUUUAGAAAAAGAGUGAGCAUGCUGCCACCUGGUGGCUGAAAACAAGACGAGGAAAAACAUGUCAAAUGUACAAAAUGUAAUAGGAACAAUUUAUAAAUAUAAUGAUUAGUCGAUUGCCUGACCACAAACAUCAAAUUGUGUUUUUUAAAUACAUUUUGAAUGAGUGUAUAUUUUCAUUGUGUUUGUAGUGGAUUAUAUUUAUCAAUAAAAUGA